AUGGAUGUCCACGACAAUGACGAGACGUGGGACACCGAAAUCAACGACAAUAUCGUGGGCCGGAGUGUGAGCGACUCCUCGUCCGAGGAGCUGGAUGGGGCCCACACCAUACUACCAAUCAGGGCGCAAGAGCAGGAGGACGACGAGACGAUGGACGUCGAGUUGCCGGAAGCGUUCCCCCGCUAUGAGUACAACAUUUUUAAGGAUGGGCUGAACAAAUACCCCGCAUGGACGGUGUUUCCAAACCACCUGGCCAAAUGCCUGGGGGCAGCGGCUGCAAUUGUGAAAGCGGGCGAGGAGAUGACCAGCCCCGACGUGCAGCGGCUGAAGACGCUGUAUCAGCAACUAGCCGUGGAUGCGUUCGAGAAGUGCCUCCAGGAGCGGGCGCUCCGGGAAUGGCCAGUCACGGUCCAGGAAAAUAUCUAUGCGGCCAUAGAGCAGCUGUUGGACUUGUUGGUCGCCAAGCUGCCGCAGCUGGAGCUCGAGGGGGGUGGCGCAGAGGAGGAUCUGCACCCCCUGCUGCAGUGCCUCUCAAUGUCAUUUGAUCGGCACUGCGAGUACCACCUGAAGCACAGGUAUGACGGCGCCGAGGACUUUCUCAAGAAGAGGAAGUCGAAUGCCAGCCUGGGGAUGAACGAGGCAAGCACGAGAGCGCAGCCACUUGUGGCGUCCCCUGAGAAGACGCACAAUUAUGACUGGUUUUGCCAUGCGAGGGCAGACUACGUCACCGAGGUUAACGAGUGCACAUGUGCUGCAUGCUACCCUGGGGUGUCGCACGUGCUGCUGGCAACCCUGCUCAACCGGUUUGGGGAGAGCAAGUACGGGGACGGGUAUGCAGAGAUUCUGAAACUGCUGUGCAAAGCCGCCCAGCUGCUGCUAUCCACAAUCGAGCGGCUGCUGGAGCCCCUGGCCCUCGCCGCGGAGUUUUUCACCCAGGGCCUCCUGCAGAAGUUUGCGGAGCCCUGCCGGAACCUUCUGGAGUAUAUUGCGGAGCUGCUAGACCAUGAUCUGGACACGUUCAGCGACAAGACGAAGCAGGGGUCGUACGCGUCAGUGUCACAGAUCCUGCGCCACCUGCGGGGGGUUUUUGGGAUGCUGAUGUCGUCGGAGGCGGUGGAGCAGCUUGUGAGCCCGGUGCAGCGGAAGCUGGUGGAGCGCAUGUUGGGGUACCAGUCGUUCAACAAGCAGCUGAGCGCUGUGCGCGAGAUCAGCAAGCUGCUGAGCAGUGCCAGGGCAAGUGCACUGAAGGACGGUGCUGAGGCUGUGCACUCCACCAUAGACUGGCUGGAGAAGAAGGACGUGCUUCGCGUCAUCUUACGAAGCCAUCUGCACCACAAGCAGUAUGUUGACCAGGUGAAGAUCAUCAUGAAGUUCCUGCUGCAAGAGCGGCGACUUUCAGAGGAGCACUUGGACGCAAUCUGGGCGGCAACUGAGAAGCCAGACCAAUUCGAGGCCGUCAAGAGCAACAUCUUCGAGCUUCUGGCUGACCUGGCCUGGUCCUUCUCAGACAUGCAGCUGGACAGUCUCUUCAACCGCUUUGAGCGAAGCAAGGAUCGCCCGUCGGAUGAUGUGUUGAAGGUGCUGCAGCUCAUUAAGAAGCUGGCGCGGAGCGACACCAGGGGUGUCAUGGCGCACAAGCUCCUAGAGCUCCUCUGGAACAUGCUUCUGUCUGGGGAGGCCCAGGGCGAGAUCCUGGAGUCCAACUCCUUUGUCGAGAUCUUGCAAUACUACGACUCAGUCAAGCGUGCCGACAAGCAGGUGUACAUAAAGCGCUGCCUCUCAUCCAUCGAGAAGGGCCAGGCCGUCCUCCCCUGCCUUUCCCUGCUGACGAGUAUCUUCUUGCAAGACGACACCAACGUGGCCCUUCAGGGCCAAUCCCAGCACUCUCCUCGAGUACAGCACAUCAACGAGCUCGAGAAGCAGCACGGGAUGGUCAGCUUGGUCGCAAAGAGUCUCGAGGUGUACAUGGCACACGCUCGCUCGCUCGCCCCGGAGCUUCUUGAGGGCGCCAACGGGUCGAAGCCGGCCCCCGUGGACGGGCAGAAAACGCACGAGGAGCAGAUCAUGAGCAGGCUCAACUUCAUGUUCUUCAUAUUGAACUGGAGCCAGCACGAUCUUUCCUGGGACGUCGCGGAGCUUAUCUGGGAGUGCCUGGUGGUAAAGGGCGCGUGCAAGUCCGACGCGGAUCGAGCCAUGACCUGGCUCCACCGCCUGCUGUCCAAGGGGUCUGCUGUCCUCAUCUCCGCCGAGGCGCAGUCGAAGCUGCUGCUGCAGAAGAUGUCGCAGAUCGACCCGGCGGACCUGUCCAUGAUCGGUUAUCAGUGCUUCCAGCAGCUGUUCCAGCGCGUUAACGUGAUUGAGAAGAAGCUCGUCAUCGAGAGCGAGUGUCUGCUGACGGCCGAGCUGGACCUGAGCGGGCUCCAAAUUUUGUGGAACAUUGCGCUGCUGUCGAAAGAAGAAGCAAUUGCAACGCUGGCCAUCGACUCAUUGCGCAUGCUCUUCCUCCACCUGUCCUCGGGUCUGCAGUCCCGCACUCUCGAGAUCCGGAACUCCUUCACGAGCGAAGUCUUCCGCCGUCUGGAGGGCACUCUCGCCGCCGCCGGAGGCCCCACCUUCGUUCGGCCGCCGGACGCUGUCCAGCUCAGCGAGGCGUUCGAAACCACCGCCCCCAGCAAGGCCCCCGAGAAGAUGGACGAGGACGGCGCCAACGCCGCUGACACCAGCGCUGACGCCAGCGCUGACGCCAGCGCUGAUGUCAGCAUGACGCCAGCCGAGGCCCCCUCCACGGGGGAGGCGGGCGGGAGCGAGGCCUUGCAGGCGGAGCGGUGCCUGCGGCUGCUGCAGGUGUUCAUCGACUCGUGCGAGUCGCGGCGCAUGAAGCGGACGCCGGUGCACGGGGCCUUCUUUAAGGGCCUGCCGCUGGACCUGGAGGUGAGCCCAGUGACGCUCAUCACCACCAUCAAGAACCAGCGCGGCGUCAUCUCGUCCCACACGAACGAGUACAUUGGCAACCUGCGCAGCAGGAUUGCAGUCAAAAUGAGCCAGACCCCGGCUCGUAUCCGCCUACUCUCGCGGGGCCGGGAGCUGGUUCACGACGCGCGCUUGGCCCGCCAGGAGAACCUCGUCAUGGGCGCGCACAUCCAGGUGGCGCCGCGCAUGCAGGACGACCGGCCGCUGCCGUUUGAGGAGGAGGAGCUCCCGGGGGUGGUGCUGUCCAAGAAGGAAGAGGUGUACGAGGUGCUCUUCAAGCUGUGCGGCUCGAAUGCGGCCAAGGUGCGCGAGGGCGCACAGGAGGUGCUCCAAUUGCUACCGACGCACCCUGGCAUCCUGGCCGACCUGUACUGGAUCCUGGAGGCGAAAACGGCGGACGAAGUGCACGACCUGCUGGACCAGCUGUUCGGCGCGAAGGAACGGCUGCUCUACACGCUCCAGGUCCUCGACGGUGUGCUCCAGCCCGCCAACCGCAAGCUCGACUCCCGCGCCUUCACGAUGCGCCAGAAGCUGCUCGACUUCCGGUGCGAGAGCUACCUCACCGGCGUCUUCGGCGCCGACGCCCUCCCGACGAACCUCGACGCCGCCGCACGCAAGAGCCUCUACAUGUCCGCGCUGCGCAUCCUCCGGCAACUGCUCAUCGUUCACAAGACCACGCCCAAUAUCCCGACUGAGGAACUAGACGCGGAUGCGCGCGCAGGCGCGCUAAAGCGCGCCGAGGAGCGGGCGCGGGUACGCGCCGGGGCGCCCCGGACGCGGGAGGUGAAGCCGGCCGGAAUCAACGACGUGCCAGACCUGGUGGUAAAGAUGAUGCGGCUGACGUGGGCGAUGGCCGUCGGGCAGCCGGCGUUCGUGGCCUCGGACGCGCCGUUCGACUCGUUUCCGGCACCCCCGCCGCAGGAGCCCGAGACGGAGGAGUCGCAGUGGGCGCCGCCAGACGCCGAGGAGUUCAUUUGCAAGGACGGCCUGGACCUCCUCCAAAAGGCCAUCGCGACCAGCGAAGAGUCGUCUGCCGCCUUCUACCAAUCGCCCAACUUCGCCCGCUUCGCCGUGGACAUUGUCCUGCGCGCGCCGAACCCCUACAUCCGCCACGAGGGCGGCACCUUCCUCUACGGUUCCAUCCACGACUCCACCAACGUCGCCAAGCAGCUGCACGCAAUGAUCAACGCGCGCGCGCUCGCGGACACGCUCCCGCGCCAGAGCAAGGAGUUCUGGAACCUCUUCUGCCGGCUGCUCCUCAAGUGGCCGGACCAGGAGGUCUCGGUGCAACUGCUGAAGGAGGAACUAGUGUGGCUGCAAAACGCGCCGGCGGUAAUGGAUGAAGACGAGGACGAGGGGCUGGAGGGCCACCUGAACGUGCUGCGAACGCUGGUGAAAGCGUUCCCGCGGUACCGCCUGCUCGGUUUGCCGCUGGGGAAGCCGCAGGGGCACGCGCUGUGUGAGAAGUUGAUUAAGCAGUUCCUCUUCCCCGAGGCGGUGCUCCUUCAGGGCGACGACCUCGAAACGCCCCGGAGCGCAACCGGCGCCAGCAAGCCGCUGGAGGAGCUGGUCUUGCAGGAGGCAAAGUGUGGGACGCAAAAGUCGCGCCAGGCCGCGUUUUCGCUGCUCGAGGAGCUCGCGCACGACUACCUCCCCAACUUCCUGGUCAUCAAGGACCUGCUGCUCAGGCUGCACUUCCGGACGGAUCUGCACGACUGGGAGGCGGCCCCCAGCUACAGCCGCAAGACGGUGGGCAACUUCGUGGGCCUCAAGAACGCGGGCGCCACGUGCUACAUGAACAGCGUCUUCCAGCAGCUCUACAUGCAGCCGCAGGUGCGCAGGACCAUCCUCGCGGCCGACGAGUGCGAGGACCUGGAGCGCAAGGACUCGGUCUUCUACCAGCUGCAAGCCAUGUUCGGGGCCCUUUUGGCUAGCAGUCUGGACCACUACACCCCGCAGGGCUUUUGGGCGGCUUACCGGGACAUUGACGGCCAGCCCAUCAACCUGCGGGAGCACCAGGACGCCUUUGAGUUCUUCAACGUCCUCUUCGACCAGGUCGACGAGAAGCUCAAGGCGAAGGGCCAUAAGCCGACGCUGACCGAAAUCUUCGGGGGAACGUUUGCACAGCAGGUUAUCUGCCGAGGUUGCCCGCAUCGGAGCGAGCGGGAGGAGGCGUUCAACGCCCUCGGGGUGGAGGUCAAGGGCAAGCGGGACCUCCAGGAAGCGCUGGAGUCGUUUGUGAAGGGCGACCUGCUGGAAGCGGACAACGCGUACGACUGCGCCAUCUGCAACAAGAAAGUGGACGCGCUCAAGCGCGUGUGCGUCAAGACGCUUCCGCACGCGCUCAUCGUGCACCUCAAGCGCUUUGACUUCGACUAUGAGACCAUGCAGCGGCUCAAAGUCAAGGACCGCUUCGUAUUCCCCAUGCAUUUAGAUAUGCACCCUUAUACUGUAGAGGGCCUCGCAGCUAGCGAGAAUAACGCGUCGACGAGCGAGGACAACGACGGCGCGAGCACGGUGGUGAUGCGUCCGGACGCUUACUACCAGUACGACCUGGUGGGCGUCGUUGUACAUUCUGGGACCGCCUUCGCCGGGCACUACUAUUCGUACAUAAAGGAGCGGGAUGGGGACAAGCCGUUCGGCAACAAGGACCCCAACGCGCAUGGGUGGAUGGUGUUUGACGACAAGCGCGUGGAGCCGUACAACGUUGCGGACCUCGAGAAGGACUGCUUCGGCGGCAAGUUCGUGCCGGAGGCGUACGACAACGGCCUCAAGCCCAUGCAGGAGUUCGACCGCCCCAACAGCGCCUACAUGCUGCUGUAUGAGCGGUCCACCCCUGUGGAGGUUAGCGAGCAGUCGUCCCCUGAAGCAUCCCCAUCGACUGCCGCUGAUGGCGAUGCGGUCGCUGAGGUCGAGCCGAAGGGAGACCUGAAAAAGCAGCUGGAGGACGCGGUCAGCAAAACGUCACCGGGCUCAGCGCGGAGGGGUUCCGUGCACAUGCCACCAUCUAUACACCGGAUUGUGUGGCAGGAAAACCUACAGUCUGUUAGCGAAAGUCAUCUCCUAGACAGCGACUACUUCAGCUUCCUGCUGCAGCUGGCGACCUCUUGUCUUCAGACGUACGAGAAAAGGUUGCGUGGGGCGGAGCAGGGCCAGGAGGAAGGGGUGCAAAUCGCCAAGGCGAGCGCCGAGUUGUUCAUCGAGUUCCUCAUGCGGGUCUAUCUGCGCUCGCACAAGGACCUGCGGACAGAUCUCCGGCAGUGGAAGGCGGUGAUCAUGACGUUCCUCCAGAACAGCGCCCACUUCACGCACCACUUCCUGUUGCGCCUCCUCGACAACCAGGAGUGGCUGCGGGAGGGACUCCUCUCGUGCAACUCGGACGAGGUCCGGACGGUGAUUGGAGACUGGGUGGUGAUGGCCAUGACGGCGGCCGCGGAGUACAACAAGGGCCGCAAGGAGGACCCCAUGCGGCUGGGCCUGUUCCUCGACAUGCUUGCGCACAUCGUCAAGGACUGCGGCAGGCUCAAGGCGUACGUCAAAGAGUUGAUCGACAUCCUGACUGCGUAUGCCAAGAUUGGGACCCGCCAGAAGAUGGAGCUGUUGCAGGAGAAGCACGUCUUCCUACCGCAGCUGGCUUUCAACGCUCUCCAGGACAAGAUCACCGCUUUCAACUCGGAGGAGUGGGAGGCGCUCGUGCGGUGCUUUGCGGAGCUUCUGCCUUGCUACGACCUGACACCCAUCUGCAAGCAAGGCACCGCCACCAAAGCGGCGACGGACAAGUCGCUUGGGCAGCUGAACCCGUACAAGGCCCCCGACUCGCCGCUAGUCCCACUGACCGACCACAUGUUGGACUGGGUGAUCUACCGGGAAGAGCUCUGGCAGCUUAUGUUUGAGAAGUGCCACCAGAUGCCGGAGCUGGUGCAGCUGAUGCAGUUCUGCUCCUGGGAGAACCCCAAGUUCACCGCGCAAUUGCUCGGCCGGCUGCUCAACUUCAUUGCGGACGCGCUGAGCCGGGACUGCCACAUGAUGCCCACCAUCCUCGCGCGGAUCCUCGAGAUCAAGGACUCGUACCAGCGGACCCGGCACAUGCUGCUGUUCGACGGGGACAACAAGACUGAGUCGCUGACGGAUCAGAUUCUGGAUGGGGAGACGCAAGAAACGAAACGGCGAUGGCUCAUCCAACUCGUCCUGAGCCUGCACCGCUUGAGCCCGCUGGUCGGCCGGACGAUCCGCCAGAACCGGCUCAACGGGGAAGACGGCUGGGUGCACAUCUUGAGUUACAUGGAAUCCAGGUGGCUCCCGACCGCGAAUGAGAACCAGCGACUCCACGCAGAGCAAACGAUAGAGGGGGUGAAGGCGAUGCUUACACCGCCCACAAAGAAAGAGGUUGCUGCACGAGCAGCCUCCUGAUUGCUUGUUGGCAGAGUGAGGGGGGAUUAGACGGAGGGGUGACGGGUGAGAAAAGGCCCAUGUGAGUUGGGCUUGGCUGACUGGUAUCGUCGGACAGGUAGAACCGCCGCCGGGGUGCCGAGAACCUUCGGCGGGCGUGCCUGUCUGGAGAUUGUUUGUCCGGAUAUUUGAGUAUUCGGUUGUACAUCGAUAGGUACCAUACGUGUACAGAGAUAGCAAGCAAUAAAGCUUCGGUUACGGCCGUUUUGUUAUUCGUGCGAAGAUACUACGUAUCAAUUACCAGAUGUCAAUGUGCUCUCAGUGCAUUUGUCUACGAACGUGACCUGAAGCCAAAGAUGUCUUCGAAGUGCUAGUGACCAUCCUGUGUGACACCCAC